AAAAGCAACCAACACAUUUCUCUGUCUCUUUUUCUCUCUCUCUCACUCACUCUCUCUUUGUUCCAUGGACUUGCAACUGAAACAAUGGAGAAGUCAGCAGCAGAAUGAGUCAGAAGAACAAGGCUCUGCUGCAACUAAGAUAUCAAACUUUUUCUUUGAUCAGAUUCAGUCCCAAACUGCAACUUCUGCUGCUGCGGCUCCUCUUCCUCUCUUUGUCCCUGAACCCACUUCUUCCUCUUCUUUCUCAUGCUUCUCUCCUGACUCUUCUAACUCUUCUUCUUCCAGGUUCCUCAAGAUGGGAAACUUUUUUAGCUGGGCACAGUGGCAAGAACUUGAGCUACAAGCACUGAUCUAUAGAUACAUGUUGGCUGGUGCUUCUGUUCCUCAAGAGCUUCUCUUACCUAUCAAGAAAAGUCUUAUCCAUCAAUCUCCUAUGCAUUUCCUUCACCAUCCUCUUCAACAUAGUUUUCCUCAUCACCAACCUUCUUGGUAUUGGGGAAGAGGAGCAAUGGAUCCUGAGCCAGGGAGGUGCAAGAGAACAGACGGCAAGAAAUGGAGAUGUUCAAGGGAUGUUGUAGCCGGCCACAAGUAUUGCGACCGCCACAUCCACCGUGGAAGAAACCGUUCAAGAAAGCCUGUGGAAACCGCCACAACCACCACCACAACAACAGCCACAACAACCGCAUCUUCUUUUGUCUUAGGAGAGGAGCUUGGUCAUGGACCAAACAACAACCACUUCUUCUCCUCUGGUUCAUCUCAACAUCUCCACCUUAGUCAUCAACAAAGUUGUUCUUCAGAGAUGAAACAAGAAAGCAACAACAACAAGAGGCCAUAUGAAGCUAACAGUGGAUUCAGCAAUGGAAGAUCAGACGAUGGUCACAUCUUGAGGCAUUUCUUUGACGAUUGGCCACGAUCAUCGGACUCUACCUCCAGUCCAAUGAGCUCAUCCACUUGUCAUCUUUCAAUCUCCAUGCCCGGUAACAACGCUUCCUCAGAUGUUUCUCUAAAACUUUCCACUGGCAAUGAAGAAGAAGAAGAGAACAUGAGAAACAACAAUGAGAGGGAGCAAUUGAAUUGGUGGAGCAAUGGAGGGAAUCACCACAAUAUGGGAGGACCAUUAGCUGAAGCUUUGAGGUCAGCUUCAUCGACGUCUAGUGUUCUUCAUCAGAUGGGAAUCUCAACUCAAGAAAUGAAGUAUGUGAAGCCUUUGAGCUUAUUGGGUAAUGCGUUGAAGACAAAAGUAUCAGUCCCUGGUCGGUUUCUUGGUUUAGAUGUUGGUGAUAAGUAUGUUGGAUUAGCUAUCUCAGAUCCUACAAAUAUGGUUGCUUCUCCAUUGAGUGUUCUGCUCAGGAAGAAAACAAACAUUGACUUGAUGGCUACAGAUUUUCAGAACCUGGUCAAAGCAUUUUCUGUUUCGGGCUUAGUCGUUGGUUAUCCAUUUGGCAAACUGAACAAUGUAGAGGAUGUUGUCACUGUGAAUCUUUUCAUUGAGGAACUUCGUAAAACCGAAAAACUCAAGGAUGUGAAAUACACAUAUUGGGACGAGCGGUUAUCAUCAAAGACCGUUGAACUGAUGCUGAAGCCCUUAAAUUUGCAUCCCGUUCAAGAGAAGACAAUGCUGGACAAGUUAGCCGCAGUAGUUAUACUUCAGGAGUAUUUAGAUUACGCGAACAGGUAUCUAAACACUGAGCCAGCAGAGUAAAAGAAAGACGGGUAAUGACAAAAUAGGCUGGUGCAGCUAGUUUCAGAUAUACGAAUAUAAUGAUGGUUGAUUUGUUGUGACACUAUCUAUGUGUACAAAGACAUCUUGCAUCAAACUGAUUUUGUAUUCGUUUAAGAAAUUUGUUUUCCGCUG